AUGAGCUACGGAGUCUUCCAGGAACAUUUCACCAGUAAUUGGACAUUCAAAGGCAACCAAGGAGCAACUGGUGUCAUUGGAACAACAACAAAUGGAGUCAUGUAUCUAUCCAUGCCCUUCCUCUUCGCACUCUUCACCAAACGAUGGGCUCGAUACCGCCAAACAGCUGCACUCUGCGGCACCAUCCUCACGUCACUGAGCUUCCUACUCUCCUCAUUCAGCACACAAACCUGGCACUUGAUUGCCACUCAAGGAGUCCUUGCAGCUCUGGGUUGUGCUCUGAUUUAUAGUCCCACAACGCUAUCUCUCGGCGAAUGGUUCACGAACAGCAAUCGCGCCGUAGCGUAUGGCGUCGUUCUCAGCUGCAAGAACAUCGUCGGGUCAUCUUGUCCCUUCCUCAUCCGAAACAUGCUCGACACAUACGGAUUCCGCACCACCAUGAAAAUCUGGGCCGCGAUCGUAGCAGGAUCCAGCAUCCUAGCUAUUUUCCUGAUCCCUGCCCAUCCCUCUUCACUUUCAGGAAGUACACCUCGUGCAAGGAGAAUCCCAUGGAGCUUCCUCCGCCAUCGAACGAUUUACAUCUACACUGUAGCCAUAGUCCUACAGAGCUCUGGAUAUGGAAUUCCGCAGACAUAUCUUAACACAUACGCACACGAGGUCACGCUCUUGUCUCAGACUUCUGCGACGCUGCUGCUCACGCUCUUCAAUAUCCCUGGGAUUGCAUCAUCGGCUUUCUUCGGUUAUUUAAGCGACAAUAAGCAUUUCCCGCUUUCUGCUACGACAGUGACAUCUAUCUCAGCUGUCUGCUCUGCGCUUUCAGCUUUCCUGUUCUGGGGUUUGACAUCACAGGGAAGUAUGGCGUUGCUGGUCCUCUUCUCAAUUACUUUCGGCUUCUUUGCUGGUGGGUAUUCGGCUACCUGGGGAGGUGUGAUCAAUGAGCUAGAAAGCGAAGCUACGAGGAGUAAUGAGGCGAUUGAUACGGGGAUGUUGUACGGAUUGUUGAAUGGUGCGAGAGGUGUUGGGUAUGUCAGUGGUGGCCUUGCUAGUGUGGCGCUCCUUAAAAGUGGCGACGAGACCUCGAUGGGUGGUUUUGGAUACGGCACCAUGUAUGGGCCAUUAAUUGUAUUUACGGGACUCUCGUCGGUCUUUGCUGGGUGGGGAUUGUUGUGGAGGUGGAAGAAGGUGCCGCAAUUUCUGAGAUGGAUUUGA